AUGCGUGAAGAGUUGGUGGAGGCGUCGAGCUCCUCGCUGCGGAACCACCGGAUCAGUAAGAGCACCACUGUCGUUGGCCGCACCGCGUGUCUCCUUGAGGAACCGGGACGCUGCCCAGAACGUAGCCCGAAGCGCUCGAAUGCGCGACAAAAUAUGAUUCCAAGAAAUCAAGCAUUGAAGCGGCCAAACGGCACAGUGAUCGAUACGGGGCGCGCAAAGCGACUGCGUUUGAUGGGCUUUCAUGGGAUCAGUGAGUACGAAGAAGCAGUCGCCCCUAGAGAAAGUGCAGGUGAUCAAACCAAAGCGGAAGUCUUCGCCUCAGAGGCCUUCUACGAAAGGGGCGUAAUCGCAGUCAAGGAAGAGCGGCGCGCAGAUGGCUUUGAGUGCUUCAGAGGGGGGGCAGCUUUAGGCAGCGCCCGGUGCAUGCUAGAGCUCGCGGCUUGCUUUGCCGAAGGCGACAGCUGUCCGCAGGACGUGAUAGCCGCGGUCGCUCUCUUUAACCAAGCCCACAAUCUCCCUGGUUUCGCUGAAGUGCUUGGGGCCGAGCUCGCUCGGGUGCAAUACAAACUUGGCAAGAGUGCUUUCGAUGCCGGAUCGAUCAAAGCGGUGGAGUUCUUGACAGCCGCGGCUGACUAUGGGCACCCAGGCGCGCAAUAUGAACUGGGUACUUUGCACGAACUAGGCUGGGGGGUCGAGCGAAAUAUGGACGAAGCAAUCGUCUGGUGGGGAAAGGCAGCCGACCAAAACGACCUUCUCGCGCUCUACAAGCUGGGAGAAUGCCAUCGCGAUGGCAAAAGAGUUGCCCGAGACAGCGCAAAGGCAGCUGCGCUGUUCAGUAGGGCGGCCGAACUAGGACACGUCAGCGCGGGGUUUGAAGUGGGAUGGUGCUACUUCACAGGAUGGGGCGUCGCUCGCGACUUUGCGGAAGCGUUCCGCUGGUUUAGGAAGGCGGCGGAACAGGGCGACCGGACAGCGCAGUCUCUCGUGGCUUACUGCUAUCGCUCUGGGACCGGCGUGACCAAGAACGUGGAGAAAGGACUCGCGUGGUCAAAAGGGCGGGGGAAGGGAGGUUCCGUUCGAGAGCAACGGACAAUGACGGAAUGCUAA